UUAUAAACGUACUAAAAUUGCCGAUUAAUUUCUCACAACUCAAUCUUAUAAUAACGCAACCCAGUCUCUUACAAAAGCCCCAAUCUGAAAACCACGGCAAAAGAACCGAAACUCUCACUCUCCCCAAGUGGCGCGUCGGGUUACACGCCGUCGUACGGUUUUGUUUUUUAAUGGGCCAGUCCUCAUCGGCGUUCGGGGCUCCGACUGAGUUCAACCGCCCGAGUAAUCGGUUCAACUUUCGAACAUCGGCGAUUGUUUCGGCAUUUGAGCCAAACGAAGAGGUGGUGGACGCGGCAGAGGCGGAGUUCUUGGAAAGCGUUGUCGUUGGGCGCGACUGCACCGCUGAUCUUCCCGACGAGUGCUUGGCGAGCAUAUUUCAUUUCCUCGGCUCCGGCGACCGGAAACAGUGCUCGCUGGUCUGUCAACGGUGGCUCCGCGUCGACGGACAGAACCGUCACCGUCUCUCUCUCAAAGCCCAGGCAGAGAUACUAUCUUUCCUGCCAUCUCUGUUCAUUCGCUUCGACUCGGUGACGAAGCUCGCCCUCCGAUGCGACCGGAAAUCGAUCAGCAUAAACGACGACGCUUUGGAGCUGAUCUCGAUCCAGUGCAGGAGCCUCACGCGCCUCAAGCUGCGUGGCUGCCGUGAGCUCACCGAUGAAGGAGUCGCCGAGUUCGCUAAGAACUGCAAAGGCCUGAAGAAGCUCUCAGCUGGCUCGUGCAUGUUCGGCGCACGAGCCAUGAACGCCAUCCUCGACCACUGCACGGCGCUCGAGGAGCUCUCCGUGAAGCGGCUCCGAGGCCUCAACGAUGCCGCCGAGCCGAUCGGCCCCGGGGCCGCCGCUUCCUCGCUCAAAUCGAUCUGCUUGAAGGAGCUCAUCAACGGCCAGUGCUUCGGACCCCUCAUAAUCGGCUCCAAAAAGCUCAGGUCUUUGAAGCUCAUUCGCUGUUUGGGCGAGUGGGAUAAGGUCCUAGACAUGUUAGGGAAUUUCAAUACCGGUUUAAUCGAAAUCCACCUCGAGAGGGUUCAAGUCAGCGAUGUGGGACUUUGUGCGAUUUCGAACUGUUCAAACAUGGAGAUUUUGCACAUUUUGAAGAUCCCGGAAUGUACCAAUUUCGGGCUUACGUGCGUGGCUGACAGGUGCAAGCUAUUGAGGAAGCUUCACAUUGAUGGGUGGAGGACUAAUAGGAUUGGCGAUGAGGGUUUGAUGGCUAUAGCUAAGCAAUGCCCCAAUUUGCAAGAACUUUGUUUGAUUGGGAUGAACCCUACAUCUUUGGGUUUGGCUCCGAUAGCUUCCAACUGCGUCAAAUUGGAGAGAUUGGCAGUCUGCGGGAGUGCUACAAUCGGCGAUACCGAGAUUGCGUGCAUUGCCACGAAAUGCGUGGCGUUGAAGAAGCUUUGUAUCAAAGGGUGUCCCAUUUCGGAUGCGGGUGUCGAAACGCUUGCUUGGGGCUGCCCCAAUUUGGUGAAGGUUAAGGUCAAGAAGUGUAGGGGAGUGAGCAGUGAGAUUGUGGAAUGGUUGCGGGAGCGCAGAGGGUCGUUGGUUGUGAUUCUAGAUGCCUGUGAGAGUGAACCUUUGGAUGGCAGCGGUAGUGAGAUUGGAGUUCAUGAGAGUGGUAUUGAGUUCCCACCAAUUGGUAACCAGGUAGCCGAUGCUUCAUCGAGUGGUAAUGGCCGGUUGGCGAUGUUUAGGACAAAGUUAGGAUUUUUCGCUGGUAGGAACUUUGUGGCAUGCACAUUCAGGAGGUGGUCUAACAAUGAUGAUAGUUUCAGUGGCGACUUGUGAUGAUGGGUCUUUGUAGGAGUCGGAAAGGAUUUGCUCUUGACCACUACCACGUAGUGUUCUUGAUAGGAUUGUUGUUGUCUUUGUUGCCGAUUACUAGCAUGUCUUGCUUGUUUUAUUACUUUUCUUUGAAGUGUAUUUGCCAAACGAAUGGCCUGGGAAAGAUCCCUUCUUGCUCUUGCUGAACUGUAUAUGCCAAAUGGCUUCAUUGUUGCACUUUUGUUGAAUUGCUUAUGUUAUUGUUCUGUUCGCUAUGCAUAUUGAUAGUUUAGCAAGAUACACAA